AUGCAUACGAUACACCGCGUCACGAGUCGCCCUGCAGCAGCAGCAGCAGCAGCAGAUGCAGAUGCAGCAGAUGCAGCAGAUGCAGCAGCAGCAGAAGCAGUAGAUGCGGAUACAGCAGCAGCAGAUGCAGCAGAUGCGGAUACAGCAGCAGCAGAUGCAGAAGCAGCAGACGCAGCAGCAGCAGAUGCAGAAGCAGCAGAUGCAGAAGCAGCAGAUGCAGAAGCAGCAGAUGCAGCAGCAGCAGAUGCAGCAGCAGCAGAUGCAGCAGACGCAGCAGCAGCAGAUGGGGCAGAUGCAGAUGCAGCAGCAGCAGGCGUUAACAAGUGUUUGAAAGGAGGUAAUGAGGAGACAGCAGCUCGCAGUAGGUCUCAGGUAUACACGGAGCAGCAACAAGCACAGCGACAAAUAAAGCGAAGAGACACAGGAGGAGACAAAGAGAGACAGAUGGAGACAAGCAGACAAAGCAUACAGCGAGGAGACACUUAUAUAUACCCUUCUUAG